GGAGAAGGUCCGGGCGCAGGUGUGGGACUUUUGCUGACUUAAGAGCGACGUUUUCAAAUCGCAACCAUGACCCUCUCUCUCCUCGAACGAUUGCAAGUAUGGUUUAUGAGCGCGGUUAUGGCAGUGCUGUAUGGUUUAUUUUGGUUGCUGAGUCCAAGACCGACCGCUGGUGCACCUACCAAAGUUCCUCCAGUCACCAACCCGCUGCUGAAGUUGUCUGCGACGCAAAUUGCAAAGAAAAUUCGCCAGAGAGAGGUGUCAAGUGUUGAUGUGGUCCAGGCUUACAUAGACCGAAUCCAGGAGGUUAACCCUCUACUCAAUGCCAUGGUCAAGGACAGGUUCUCUGCUGCUCUACAGGAGGCUGCUCAGGUAGACAGACUGAUAGAGGAAGAGACUGAAGGAGGAGAGGAGGCUCUGGCUGAACGACUCCCAUUACUUGGGGUCCCAUUUUCCAUGAAGGAGUCUUUCGCCGUGCAGGGAAUGCCACACACCGCUGGCCUGCCAUCCAUGGGAAGAGUGGUGGCCAGUGCGGAUGCGCCAGUUGUGACAAACCUGAAGCGGGCAGGGGCCAUUCCCCUGGGGGUCACCAACAUCCCGGAGCUCUGCAUGUGGAGCGAGAGCCACAAUCGCCUUUACGGACUCACCAGAAACCCCUACAGCCUGGACCGCACAGCUGGAGGGAGCUCAGGAGGGGAGGGUAGUCUGGUGGGCGGAGGGGCCUCUGUGUUUGGAGUGGGCUCAGACAUCGGCGGCAGCAUCCGUAUGCCCUGCUACUUCAAUGGCAUCUUUGGCCACAAGGGCAACCCAUACAUUGUGAGUAAUGAUGGUCAACUACCCCCUUGCUCUGGUCAGCAGGAGGACUUCCUGAGCACCGGACCCAUGUGCCGCUACGCUGAAGACCUGCUGCCCUUGCUUAAGAUCAUGGCAGGACCCAAUGCUCACAAGCUUUCCUUAUCUGAACCUGUGGACUUGAAGAAGCUGCGUUUCUACUCUGUUCCUCACGAUGGAGGAUCGCCGUACACGUCUCCUGUGGACAAACAGCUCAUACAGGCUCAGAGACAGGUUGUGGAGCGCCUGGAAGCAGACCUUGGGGUCAAAGUUCAGGAGUUGCGUCUGCCAGAGCUGAAGUAUGGCUUCCCAAUCUGGGACACCUUCAUGGGCCUACCUGACAAAGAUGGAAAGCCCCCACAGGCCUUUGCAGAGCUGAUGGGGGAGGGGGGGUCGGCUGUUUGGCCUCCAUGGGAGCUGGCCAAGUGGAUGCUGGGAAGAUCCUCUCACACUAUGGCAGCAUUAGGCAUGGCUUUCUCAGAGAUGGCUCACUUUGGUAAGCCGUCACAGUUCCUUUUGCAACAGAAGGAGGCGCUAGAGAGGCGUUUGGAGGAGCUGCUGGGCUCUGAUGGGGUGCUACUGUACCCCCCUUAUCCCCGCCUGGCCCCUAAGCACCACCACCAACUCUUCAGACCCUUCAACUUUGCCUACACUGCCAUUUUCAAUGUCCUGGGUUUGCCGAUUACUCAGUGUCCUCUUGGGCUGAGCCAAGAGGGGCUGCCGCUGGGCGUGCAGGUGAUUUCCUGGAAACUGCAGGACCGUCUGACAUUGGCCACCGCCUUGUACCUGGAGAAGGCGUUUGGGGGGUGGAGGAACCCAGGGGAAUCCUGUCCUGUUGGGCCACCCCAGCUGGACAACCACAGUGACCUUUGAUCGAGCGUGCUGAUUCACUGCAAAAACUGCUAAUAAAAUUUAACCAAGUGUCAAUAAUCUUAUAUCAAGAUAUAAUAAUCUAGUUGGUAUUGUUUUUCUGUAUAAACUGACUUGGUUAGAGCUAAAAUCUAAAACAGUUGACUUAUGUUAAGAUGCCUCAUCAUGGAAACAAGCAAAUCUGUCGGUGUGUUAAGCAAAUUUGUUGGUUAGACACUUGGUUAGAUUUAUUUAUUUAUUUAUUUCAUAAGUUCCUCUAUAAUGUAUGAUACGUUACAGAGCCUGGACAAUAGAAACCUACAUUCAUCCUGAACUGGCCCUCUUGUUGUCUUUGCUGUUUCCACGUUGAGUUAAAUAAGCUGUUGUGGUACAAAUUGAUACUACGUUUCAAAUAAUCGAGAGAGUAACUGAAAAGUUCAACCAGUAGUAUAUGAUUUUUUAACCUCUUGUAAUAUCACUGAAAUACAAGUUUAUAUUAUGUAUUCAAGUAAAACUUUGAAGUUAAGAGAGCAUCAUUAAGUUUUCAUGCAAUGUUGUGUAUAUGCUGAAAAGAGACCAUUAAUGCUCAUCUAUGCACAGGAAAGCACUGGAGUGCAUAAAGCCUGUGUGUGGUAGGCAUUAAGAACCAUUUUGAGACCUGUGAUGGCAAAUAAAUAUGUAUCCAUUGACUUCAC